AUGGCUACGUUUGAUAUCAAUAACCGUGUAGCUGUUGUUACAGGUGCAUCUCGUGGUAUUGGCAAAGCUGUGUCAAAGGCCUUGGUUGAGCAAGGAGCAUGCGUUGUGAUUGGUGAUUUACUGGACAAAGAAGGUCUACAAACAGUACAAGAGCUCAAUAGCAGUCGUAACGAAAAAGUAGCUGCAUUCAUGCAUACCGAUGUCACUGUCUACAAGGACGUGAUUGCUUUGUUUCGUUUUGCUGAAUCCGUUUUCGGUGGUGUGGAUAUUGCAUUUCUCAAUGCCGGCAAAAUUAAUGAUGCCGAUAACCUCUUUCUCCCUCUGGAUGAUGAUAAGGAGGCCGAAUUGCCCAAUACCAAUUUCCUUGGUAUAGUGAAAAGCACCAAAGUUGCUGUGUUGCACUUGGCUAAACGUGGAGGUGGUGUCAUUGUCAACAUGGCAUCGACGGCUGGAUUUCAAUCAUGCAUGCAACAAGCACACUAUUUUGCAACCAAACAUGCGGUAGUAGGGUGGACUCGUAGUAUAAGCAGCAUGCUUAAAGAGAUAUGUAAUGUGCGGGUCAAUGCUGUGUGUCCAAGCUGGGUCGACACAGAGAUGCAUAAAAUGUAUGCCAAUGAGGAAGGCCCUAAUCCAUACAAGAUCCUUGUUCAAAACUCCCCUUGUGCCGAUAUAGAAACAGUGGUCCGUGGCGUGAUGACAUUGAUCCAAGACACAACGAUGAAUGCCCAGACGUUAUUAACCCUUCCAGGAGAUGUUAUACGGAUCCAGGAACCAAUACCACCCUAUGAGGAAUCAGCGACGCCUGAAUAUUGUGCUAUUGUCGACAAGUACCACGAUGCAACGAUAGCGUAUUACAAGCACCAGCUACAGCAAGCAAUGGAGCGUUAUAAGCAAAUGUAA